CAGUGAAGUAGAAGGUGUUUAGACGAGGACCAUGGAGCCUAGUGUCCUGCUCCUCCUCGCUCUCCUCGUGGGCUUCUUGCUCCUCCUGGUCAGGGGCCACCCAAAGGCCCGUGGCCACCUUCCUCCAGGACCCCGCCCUCUGCCCCUCUUGGGGAACCUCCUGCAGAUGGACAGAGGAGGCCUCCUCAACUCCUUCAUGCGGCUUCGAGAAAAAUAUGGAGAUGUGUUCACAGUGCACCUGGGACCAAGGCCCGUGGUCAUGUUGUAUGGGACAGAGGCCAUAAGGGAGGCUCUGGUGGACCAAGCUGAGGCUUUCUCUGGCCGGGGGACAAUUGCAGUGGUUAGACCUGUCUUCAAGGACUACGGUGUGAUCUUUGCCAAUGGGGAACGCUGGAAGGACCUUCGGCGAUUCUCUCUGGCCACCAUGAGAGACUUUGGGAUGGGAAAGAGGAGUGUGGAGGAGCGGAUUCAGGAGGAGGCCCAAUGUUUGGUAGAAGAGCUGCGGAAAUCGCAGGGAGCCCCCCUGGACCCCACCUUCCUUUUCCAGUGCAUCACCGCCAACAUCAUCUGCUCCAUUGUCUUUGGACAACGCUUUGACUACAAAGACCGUCAGUUCCUGCGCCUGCUGGACCUGUUCUAUCAGAGCUUCUCGCUCUUCAGCUCGUUCUCCAGCCAGGUAUUUGAACUCUUCUCUGGCUUCCUGAAAUACUUUCCCGGUGCCCACAAACAAAUCUCCAAAAACCUGCAGGAAGUCCUUGACUACAUUGACCACAGCGUGGAGAAGCACAGUGAAACACUGGAUCCCAACAACCCGAGAGACUUCAUCGACACCUACCUCCUACGCAUGGAGAAGGAGAAGUCCAACCCACACACGGAGUUCCAUCAGCAGAACCUCAUUAUCUCCGUGCUGUCUCUCUUCUUUGCUGGCACUGAGACCAGCAGCACCACACUCCGCUAUGGCUUCCUGCUCAUGCUCAAGUACCCCCAUGUUGCAGAGAAAGUCCAAAAGGAGAUCGAUCAGGUGAUCGGCUCACACCGACUUCCAACCCUCGACGACCGCACCAAAAUGCCAUACACCGAGGCCGUCAUCCACGAGAUUCAGAGAUUUUCAGAUCUUGUCCCGAUUGGUGUGCCACACAAAGUCACCAAAGACACUUUGCUCCGAGGAUACCUGCUCCCCAAGGAUACUGAAGUGUACCCCAUCCUGAGCUCAGCUCUCCAUGACCCACAGUUCUUUGAACAACCAGACACCUUCAAUCCUGACCACUUCCUGGAUGCCAAUGGGACACUGAAGAAAACUGAAGCUUUCAUGCCCUUCUCGACAGGAAAGCGCAUUUGUCUUGGAGAAGGCAUCGCCCGCAACGAAUUGUUCCUUUUCUUCACCACCCUCCUCCAGAACUUCUCUUUGUCCAGUCCCGUGGAUGUUAAGGACAUUGACCUCAGUCCCAAGGAGAAUGGCUUUGGCAGAGUACCCCCAACAUACCAGAUCUGCUUCUUGUCCCGAUGAGUCAUGUGAGGUGACCAGAUGUCUCUACUCAUGUUCUAAUGUCCCCAUGUCUCUGCCUCUGAGAGACAUGAUGGAAACCAGGUCCCAGAUCACUCCUCACCUCAUCCACCUUAUGUAACUAAUCCAAAGCUCCGAGGUGUGCUCUUCUGCCCUGUGAGUGGUACUGGAGAAAUCAAUCAAUUGAUUGUGUGAACACAGAGACUUCUGGAGGCCACGUAUCACACUGAGUCACUCCCAUAUUGCUCUCAACAGCCUCCAUCCCAGGUAUCAGUUCCAGGUGCACCAUGAAGUAAUCUAAUGGACUCUGUAUGUGGCAUGAAUUCUGCAUAUAUGGACUUGCCUCAUAUGUAUGUAUGGUUCACAUAAAUGGAAUCACACAGUG